AUGGCGCCAACCGUCCUCAAAGGGAAGAGGUCCUCCGGGUCUCCCAAGCCCAAAGUCAUCCUCUUUGACAUUGGCGGCGUCUGUGUCAUCUCCCCCUUCCAAUCCAUCCUCAACUACGAACUCCGUCAUUCCAUUCCCCCCGGCUGGAUCAACCACUCCAUCUCGCGCUCCGCCCCUUCAGGCUUCUGGCACCGUCUUGAAACCGGUUCCAUCCCCAUGGACGCUGCCUUCUUCGCCGGCUUCAACCGGGACCUACACAACCAAUCCCUCUGGGAAUCCUUCUACCGGUCCCACCACCACCACCAACAAGCCAAAAAGCACCACCCCUCAUCAUCAUCAUCAUCAUCAUCAUCAUCAUCAUCUUCUUCUUCUUCUUCUGGCUCUGAUGAACUACUACCGAUCCCGCCCAUCCCCCAGAUCGACGGCGAGUGGUUGUUCCAUGACAUGAUGGAGCACGCACGAGCUCCGGAUCCAUGGAUGUUUCCCGCCCUCCAAAAGCUCAAGGAAGAUGGACGGUUCGUCGUGGCGGCGCUGAGUAACACGGUGAUCUGGCCGGAGGGGCACAAGUGGGCGGAGAAGGACUUCUUCAGCGAUCCGUUGCGACGGCUAUUUGAUGUUUUCAUUUCGUCGGCGCAUGUCGGGUUAAGGAAGCCGGAUCCGAGGAUCUAUCAGUUGGCGCUGGAAAAGGUGAAUGAGUUUGCAAGGGCAAAUGCUGACUCCGAAAGGGGAAAGAGGGGCGGUUGGGGAGAAGGGGUGAGGCCGGGUGAUAUUGUGUUUCUGGAUGAUAUUGGGGAGAAUCUGAAGGCGGCGAGGAAGGCUGGGUUUAGGACUAUCAAGGUUGGGUUGGGAAAGGCGUUUGAGGCGGUUGAUGAGCUGGAGAACGUGACGGGGUUGAAGCUGGCUGGGGAUCACCCGAGGAUUGCGGUGAAGCCGGACUUUAGUGCUGCGAAGGAGGCGAAGGCGAAGUUGUGA